AUGGCCAAUAAAAAUGUAAUUCUUUCCACAGCAGCUUCUCUUGUUGCUUCAGCAAUGCUUAUCCAGAGCAUUGUAAGAGAUUUCUUACCCCACCAACUCUGCAACUUUCUCUUCUCCUUUGCUCGAAUCCUUUCUCAUCGUUUCUCUUCGCAACUUACUGUUGUUGUAGAGGAAUUUCAAGGCUAUUCCAUGAACCAAGUUUUUGAGGCAGCAGAAAUCUACUUGGGCUCUAAACAAAACUCAUCGGUAAGAAGAGUUAAAGUGGGAAAGAGUGAGAAGGAAGCGAAUUUAGCAGUUAACAUAGAUAGAAAUGAAGAGGCUGUUGAUGUUUUUGAGAAUGUGGAAUUCAAGUGGAUAUUCGUCACCACACAAGUUGAAGCAUCAAUGAAUGUAAACCAUCGCAGAAUGGUGGAUCUCAACUCCUCUCUGAGAUCAGAAGUGAGACACUUUGAGCUGAGUUUUCACAGGAAGCAAAAAGACAAGGCUUUUGGAUCACACUUUCCAUACAUAUUAGAAAAAGCAAUGGCCAUUAGAGAAGAGAGAAAAGUUGUGAAUCUCUACAGUGCUAAUGGAGAAAAUUGGUGCUUUCAACAUGUCCUUCUCAAUCACCCCAUGAACUUCAAGACCCUUGCUAUUGAUUCCAAGCUCAAGAAGGAAUUGCUUGAGGAUUUGGACAACUUCAUGAACGGGAAGGAAUACUACAAGAGGAUUGGGAAAGCUUGGAAAAGAGGCUACUUUUUAUAUGGUCCACCAGGAACUGGAAAAACAAGCUUGAUAGCGGCCAUGUCAAAUCACCUUAAGUUUGACAUCUACAACUUGGAUUUAACAGAUAUUCAAAAUGAUUCCCAUCUCAGAUUCUUUCUUCUUAGGAUGUCUAGCCAAGCAAUAAUUGUGGUAGAGGACAUAGAUUGCUCUAUCAAGUUACAAAACCGGGAUUCACCAGAGGAUCAAAAGCAAACACAAGGAGAUAAUAAUGGUAAGGUAACACUAUCAGGACUGUUGAAUUUUGUUGAUGGACUUUAUUCAUACUGUGGAGAAGGAAGAAUCAUGAUACUGACGACCAACUACAAAGAAAAACUUGACCCAGCUUUGCUGAGACCUGGUAGAAUGGACAUGCAUAUUUGCUUGUCAUACUGCAAUGCUUCUGUUUUUGACCAGCUUGCAUUUAACUAUCUGGGGCUUCACCAGCAUCAUCUGUUUGAUGAGAUCAAACGGUUGAUAGAAGAGAUCGAGGUCACUCCAGCAGAAUUGGGUGGGGAGUUGAUGAAAAGCAGAGAUCCUCAAGUCUCUCUUCAAGGUCUCCUCAGUUUCUUGCACAAUAAAAAAAUCCAACAGCAUUCAAGCUCUAACUGAAUAAACUGUACCAAAAAAAAGGUUUUGAGGAAUUUUUUAGUCCA